AUGGAAGUCGAGAAAGAAAGCGAGAAGCAAGGGGAGAAAGAAGGCAAGAAGGAAGGCGAGGAGGAAGGGAAGAAGGCAGGGGAGAAGGAAGGGAAGAAGGAAGGGGAGAAGGAGGAGGAGAAGGAAGACGGACCUGUGGCACUGACAGAGUGCAGUGUGGCGGAUAAGCUGCUGGCGUUCCGACAGGAGCAGGAGCACUUCAUGGGGCCAUCAUUCGCCACCAUAUCAUCGGUGGGCGCCAACGCUGCCAUCAUCCACUACAAGCCGGAGCUCGACACGUGUGCUGCUCUCACCGCCUCGCACAUCUUCCUCUGCGACUCGGGCGGGCAGUAUCUGGACGGCACAACGGACGUGACCCGCACCAUGCACUUUGGCAUGCCCACGGAGCAUGAGAAGAAGUGCUACACGCUCGUGCUCAAGGGGUACAUAGCGCUGGAGCAGGUCAUCUUCCCCAACGGCACCACCGGCCACAUGUUGGAUGUGCUACCGCGCAAGGCGCUGUGGCAGGAGGGGCUGGACUACCCGCACGGCACGGGGCACGGCGUGGGGUCUUUCCUCAACGUGCACGAGGGUCCCCAUCUCAUCAGCUUCCGCCCCAAGGCCAUUCAGACAGCCCUAAGGGCAAACAUGACUGUCACUGAUGAGCCGGGGUACUACGAGGAGGGCAAGUUUGGCAUGCGCGUGGAGAACGUGCUGCUCGUGGAGCCGACAGAGCUGCCUCACAACUUUGCCGACCGUGGCUGGCUCAAGUUCGAGCCCAUCACCCUGGCGCCAAUUCAGACGAAGCUGAUCGAGAACUCGCUGCUCACCAAGCCGGAGCGCGACUGGCUCAACCACUACCACGCGCGCUGCCGCAAGGAGCUCUCUCCCUUCCUCGAAGGUGCGUUGAUCUUCCGUUCGCCCGUCCUGCCCACCCUUCUCUUCUCCCCUCUCCUCCCCCCCCGUUCUUUCCCUGUCGUGGGCGUGUCGCUCCCACCGCCCCAUCCGCGCCUCCGUCUAUCCAUCUCUCACCCUCUCCUCCUCUCCUCCUCCCCCCACUCCCCCUUCUCCCCCUCCCCCGCGCCCUCGCGCCCCCGACCGUUCCCUGCAGCGGGCGGCAAGGCGGCGGUGGCGACGGCGGAGGCACCGGCGGCGCUGGGGCCGUACAGCCAGGCCAUCCAGGCCAACGGCACGCUCUAUGUUUCGGGCGUGCUGGGACUCGUGCCUGAGACCAUGAAGUUUGCGGGGGAGACCGUGGAGGAGCAGACUGAGCAGCUGAUGAAGAACAUGGGUGCCAUUCUGCGAGGUGGGGGAGCAGACUUUGACUCGGUCGUCAAGACCACCAUCAUGCUUGCGGACCUUGCAGAUUUUGGCACCGUGAAUAAGAUCUAUGCCACAUACUUCCCUGCACCUGCUCCUGCGCGCUCCACGUACCAGGUGGCAGCGCUCCCUCUGAAUGCCCGCAUUGAGAUCGAGUGCAUUGCUCUCAUCAAGAAGUAG